UGCCCCAUCAUUGGUGUCAGUGGGAGGAAUAGUGCCCCAUCACUGGUGUCAGUGGGAGAGAAUAGUGCCCCAUCAUUGGUGUCAGUGGGAGGAAUAGUGCCCCCAUCAUCGGUGUCAGUGGGAGGAAUAGUGCCCCAUCAUUGGUGUCAUAGGGAGGAAUAGUGCCCCAUCAUUGGUGUCAGUGGAGAGGAAUAGUGCCCCAUCAUUGGGUGUCAGUGGGGGGAAUAGUGCCCCAUCAUUGGCAUCAGUGGGAGGAAUAGUGUACAAUCAUUGGCAUCAGUGGGAGGAAUAGUGCCCCAUCAUUGGCGUCAGUGGGAGGAAUAG